UCUCUCUCAGUGCUGCUGUGUGUGUCUCUGGUUUCUGUCUCAUCCUUUGUUGAGGAGCUGGACGACUCCUUCAUGGAGAUCAAAGGAGACGACGAGAUCUGGCUCAUUAAAUUCUACGCCCCCUGGUGCUCCUUCUGUAAACAGCUGGAUCCGGUCUGGAAUCAGAUCGGUUCUGAACUCAAGAGUCUCGGAUCCCCGGUCAACGUCGGAAGAUCAGACGCCUCCGCAAACACAGGUUUGGCCAAAGAGUUCAAGGUCCGAGGUUACCCUGCCAUCCUCAUGCUGAAGAAAGAUACCAGAUAUAAUUACUCAGGACCGAGAACCAAAGAUGGAAUCAUGGACUUUGCUAACCGUGUCGCUGGGCCGCUGGUUCGAGUCCUGUCCAGUUUGCAGCUGUUCCAGCACGCGAUGAGCCGCCAUGAUGAUGUUUGUUAUGUUGGAGCGACAUCACCACUGAAGGGUAAUUUCUCGUCAGCAGCAGAGCAGCUGAUCAUCCACACGUUCUUCUUCUCUGCUUCUAGAGACGUUCUGCCAAAGCAUUUACAUGUCAACCAAAAACUGGAGACCACGCCCACGCCGGCGAACAUCCAUCAGCUUCUCGACAGUGUAGACAGGACCCCCAUCAACGAGCCGGGGGGGAGGGCGGGGCACAGCCGGGGGAGACAGAGGACUGUGACAGACAGGUUUGACCCGGGACACAUGGAAGUGGGGGGCCUUGACCCUUCGGCGGUCUGCCAACCGCUUGACCUGGGCACCCGAACGCAACAGAGAGGCUCGAGCACGUCUCCACGUCGCCUUGCACCGCCGGACAAACGCCUGGACCGAUGGAACCGAUGCCUCAAGUUGCUGGGAAGAAAAGAGAGGUGGUUGGUAGCCAAGGCAACAUUGAAAAGGGGAGAGACCCGUAGAUGCAACAGGGAGAGAAUUGUGGGCAUACUCAGCCCAUGCCAAAUGCCGACUCCAGGAUGUGGGGUUCUGGGACGCCAGGCACCUAAGAACCCUUUCAAGGUCCUGGUUGGCCCGCUCUGUCUGGCCGUUGGCAGCAAUGAAGGCUUGGACAUCUGCAACCAUUCGGGGCCACCAAAACUGUUGACGGAGAAAUGCCAUAGUCCUCCUAACCCCGGCAUGGCAGGUCAGUCGGGAGCAGUGACCCCACUCCAAAACCUGAGGACGGACAGAACUGGGGACAAACAGGCGGACAGCUCCAGCCCCUACCUCAGAGGCAUCCACCUCAACAAUGAACUGACACGAAGGAUCUGGCAUAACCAGAAUGGGAGAAGAGGUGAAACGCUUCUUCAGUUGUUGGAACGCCUUCUCCGCCACUUCCGACCAGAAAAACCUGACAGAGGAGGAUGUAAACUGGUGCUGCUGGUGCUGGUGGAGGAAACGCAUCUGUGUGAGAAAAGUUUGAGAUAUAAGAGUCUGCUGGAGAAAGUGUCUGUAGACUACAGAGACUUCUACAGCAGGAACUUCUACUUUGGUUUUAUGGAGGACAGGGCCUACAUUAACGGUCUGGUGAUGAGUGAGGUCGCCGUGCCGUCGUUCAUCGUGGUCGAUCUCUCCAGUGACAGCUACUUCCUGUCCCCUGUCGCCAUGGAGACGGAGCGCCACCUACUGGACUUCCUAGACAAGGUGCUGGAGGGCAGCGUGCAGGCUCAGGGAGGAAACGGAGUCGUUCAGCGCCUCCAACGCUUCGUUUACGACGCCAAAGUGACGCUGACGUCGUUGUACCUUGAGGCUCCUCUGAUUGGCUGUUUCCUGCUCUGCCUCCCGCUCGGUGUGGUUCUGCUCGUGUGCUAUGCGUGCUGCUCAGUCCGCUCCACCACCGGGGACGAGGACGAAGACGAUGACGAUGACAGCGUCGCUUUGUCAGCGCUGCGCCGCCGAAAACUGACGGACAAGAAGUCUGACUGA